CGGAUUUAUGUACAGUUUGAAGUUUACCGGUUUAGCAGCAAGUCACUUGGCGUCCAUUUUUCUAAUUCGAAUUAUUUAAACAAUUCUACUUAUUUGAACACGCACUUUAUGAAAGCCGCAGAACCAUAGACAAUGAUUUUCACCGAGCACAAGGCGAAGAUCCUGGCAAUGACGGUCGAGCAUGUGGACGACCUGCACCAGCUUUGGUCCCGCAUGUUCGAGCCGCAAACCUGCGAGGAUUGCCUCAUCCGUUUGAUGGAUCACGCGAGCAGCUUCUACAAGGAUCUCCUCAAGGAAUCGCGCGAGAAGGAGCAGGGCAUCAACAGCGAGAUAGACGGACUGCAAAAGGAGGCCGCCACUCUGAUGCGGCUGCUCCACAAGUCGGUGGACGUGGGCGAGCGUCCGGACGACAUGCCGCUGGUCAUCUGGCAACUGAAGCUGGACAAGACAAUCGAGCAUCUGCGUGAGGAGCUGGUCGAGCGAAGGACUGAGAUUAAUAAGCUGCUUGACCAGCAGGAACAGCUCUGCGAGGAGCUGGGCGAACUGCCAUUUCCACUGGCAAGCGACUUGCCCGACGAGCUGGACGCCUUUCGGUCUCACCUGCAGCAGCUGCGCGAUCUGAAAGAGCUGCGCCUCAAGCAGAUGGACCUGAUGCGCAAGAACAUCAGGCACAACAUGAAAACACUCGAAAUUUAUGCCCAUACGGACACCGAAAAGCGACUUCUUAGCCCGGAGUGUCAUGAUAUCAGACCCCAAUUUUAUGAACUGCUGCAAGACAUGCAAACAGAGUACGCCGUGCAGGUGUCGGAGCUGCACGAGCGCAUCGACGAGAUGCGCGCAAAGAUCGAACUCCUCUGGCAGCGACUUAAGCUGACGGACGAAUAUGCCAUGGGUCGCGUGCGCAAAUCCACGUCCUACGACCAGCGCACCUUCGACAUCCUGCGUGAGGAGCUGGAACGCUGCCAGGCACUGCGGCGCCAGAACCUCAAGACCUUCAUCGAGCAGCUACGCGUCGAGAUCCAUGAGUGGUGGAAUUUCACGCUCAAGAGCCCACAGGAGCGCAGGCGCUUCACCGGCUACUACUGUGAUAACCCUAGCGAAGAAAUUCUAGAGCUGCACGAAAUGGAGUUGGACCACCUUAAGGAGUUCUACAACAGUAAUAGGAAAAUCUUCGAACUGUAUGCCAAUCGUGCGCUGCUUUGGUCACGCCUGGAGGCACUGGAGGCCAAGGCCAACGAUCCGAAUCGCUUCAACAAUCGUGGCGGACAACUGCUCAAGGAGGAGAAGGAACGCAAGGCCUUGGCGUCCCGACUGCCCAAAAUCGAUCAGCAAAUCACAGAGCUAGUGACGGCCUACAUGAGCCACAACAACACGCCGUUCCUGGUGAACGGUGUGGAUAUACUGGAGAGCAUGUCGGCGGACUGGGAGCAGCACCGUCAGUCGAAGAAGCAACCGUCUGCCCAAAAAAAAGACGUAGUGGUUAACACGACCAGCAAAAUGAAGCCGCCAGUAGUGCCUCUGACGCCAAAUACACUGAAAGGCAACCGGGGCAAACACGGAUCCUCGUCAUCAUUGAAGAAGACCCCGUCCAAGGUGAACGCCAGCACCGCCGCCAAGAGCACGGGGAAUCUGCAGAAGAGGCGGCAUCCCAACGAAGGCAGAAACAAUCCUCAGCCGGCGGCAGCGGCCAAGCGAAAUCUAAUAAUCUCACUGGAGUGCGUCAGUUCGGAGCCAGUGCUGGGAGUGAAUGGCCAGACGAGCGCUGCCGCCAAGAGCACAGAGAAUGUGCAGAAGAGGCGCCAUCCCAACGACAGCAAGAAUAUGGUGGCGGCAGGGCCCAAUCGAAAUCUAAUAACCUCGGUGGAGUGCAUCAAUUCGGGGCCAGGCCUGGGAGUGAAUGGCCAGAAGCUGCUGAAGUCGCCACUGAAGAAGGUGCGAGUGCUGGAGUACUCGGUGCGCCGCGGAAAGGCCGCGGGCAGGCCCAGCAUUGGCAGCAAGAACCACCCGAGGAAUCGUCCGAUCCCCCAGCUCCGUGUGCAACCCCCGUCCGGCGAGGAGAACGAGGAUGACGACGAUUACGGGGACGAGAAAGAGAACGAGGACAGCGGAGACUUCUAGGCUUACUCGGCCUAUUAACUAAGGAUCCUUUAGGAUCUUUAAUCCCAUCUAAUUGCAAUCUAAUCGGCAACUAAUCUGUGUUCCAUCUCUACCUGUAUUGAAGUAUUUCGCUCAAUU